AAGACAUUACGAAUCAUUUUCUAAAGUAAAUCGAAAAAAAGUAAUGUUAGAGGAUCAGAAAACAGAAAAUGAAUUUUUCGAUAGCCCUGAGUAUCAUCUCAAUAAGAAAUUUAUGACAGUAGUUGGGGGCUGGCCAUACCUAAGCCCUAAAAAAAGAAAAACUAUAUGGUUCGUUGUUAAUACUUUCGUAGUUACUGUUUGGGUGUCAGAGUUGAUACAUAUCAUCGUCAUAAUCGAUAGGACGAAAGAAGUAAUCUACUGCUUGAUGGCAUUUCUCUGUACAUUUUUGGCUAUCUGUGGUUCGAUCAAUGCCGCCGUGCAACCUCGUUCGAAUAAACGACUGGUCGAUUCUUUGAGAGACAAUUGGAAUAAUUUACGGAGUGACGACGAGCGGAAAAUUUUCGCGACCUACGCUCAUUACGGCAAGAUCUUGUCGAGCGUCUUGGCAGUUUGCUACUAUUUGGUUGGAAUGACCUACAUCGUAUCGCCACUGAUACCGUCGGCGUUGCAUUACCGCAUCACCGGCGACUGGAUCGCGCCCACAAGAAACGUCCUGGAGGUCGAGUUUUUCAUCGAUCCCGUCAAGUACUACUGGCAGUUGUACGUUUUGUUGGUGCAUAUGUGCAUGGGGGUGGUUUCGUUGCUUUUGGCCAACGAUACUUUUUUCUUCAUGGUAGUGCUACACUGCUGCGGCAUGUUCGCUGUCUUACGGUACAAAGUUGAACAAAUGGACAAAGAAAUCACAUUUAAUGGUUACAGCUACAAUCAGCAGUUGGCCGUGAAAAGAAUUGAGGAAAUUGUAAUGUACCACCUCGAGUGUCUUGAAUUUGCAAAUAAAAUCGAGGAUUUUUUCUGCAUACAGUUCAUAGUACAGAUAUUGGUCAAUACGAUUAUCAUAAGCGUGUGCGGAUCGCAGAUCAUACAACUCGCUGAUCAGUCUUUACGAGAUUCGCUUUUGUUUGCUUUUUUGACCAGUGCGACCAUCUUUCGUCUAACCUUCUUCAAUGUCUGUGGACAAGGCGUGUACGAUCAUAGCCUUCGAGUGCACGACCAAUUAAUUCACACUACUUGGUACGAGUGUCCAAUAAAAGUAAGAAAAUUAUUCAUAAUCCUUUACAACAGAAGCGCCGAGCCUUACAAUCUUACAGCUGCCAAAAUGAUCAACCUAAAUUUCGUCACUUGUACUCAGCUACUGAAAACAGCGAUGUCUUAUUUCAUGAUGAUUAUUCAAACACCAUAAUAAUAAAUUCAAAU